UAUAGAAAAAAGUAAGGAGUUUUGAAAGAUACUCCUCCAUUUGACGUUUCAAUCGAGAGGAGAGAAAGAGGAGCAUCACCCUAGACGCACAAUUUCCUGUGGGCGUGAUUCUCUGUUUUGCCUUUUUUUUUUCUAGUUUUCUGACGUCCCAGCUGAUCACGGUUCAACUCACAAGUUGUUUGGUUUCGGCCUGAGUCAAGACAACACCUUUAUAAGUCCAUGAUGCGGAGAUUUGUCGCAGGCCGGGCGAGAAAUCUGAUCGCUUCCCUUCAGCGUUCACUCUCUUCUCAAUCUCCUCGAAACUUUUCCUCUGCUGCCGCUGCCGCUGAUAUUGAUCCUUCCAUCAUGUCUUCCUCUUCAACUACUCCUGUUACAGCUGAAACACUAAACCCAAAGGUUCUAAAAUGUCAAUAUGCUGUUCGUGGAGAGAUUGUUACACAUGCCCAGCGUUUGCAACAAGAACUGCAAUCAAAGCCCAGUUCUCAUCCCUUCAAUGAGAUACUUUACUGCAAUAUUGGAAAUCCUCAAUCUCUUGGUCAACAACCAAUUACCUUUUUCAGAGAGGUUCUUGCACUUUGUGAUCAUCCAGCACUUUUGAACAAAAGUGAAACACAAGGCUUGUUCAGUGCGGAUGCUAUACAACGAGCUCAGCAGAUUCUAGAUCAGAUACCAGGGAGGGCAACAGGUGCAUAUAGUCAUAGUCAGGGUAUCAAGGGUUUACGUGAUGCAAUUGCUGCCGGAAUUGCAGCUCGUGAUGGUUUCCCUGCUGAUCCAAAUGAUAUUUUCUUAACUGAUGGUGCAAGCCCCGGGGUUCAUAUGAUGAUGCAAUUGCUCAUAAGGUCAGAGAAGGAUGGCAUCCUUUGCCCUAUUCCUCAGUACCCAUUAUACUCUGCCUCAAUUGCUCUCCAUGGUGGUGCUCUUGUGCCAUACUAUCUUGAUGAAGCUGCAGGCUGGGGGUUGGAGAUUUCCGAGCUUAAGAAACAACUACUAGAUGCCAAAUCCAAGGGAAUUGUUGUUAGGGCCUUAGUAGUGAUCAAUCCAGGCAACCCAACUGGACAGGUUCUUGCCGAGGGCAAUCAACGAGAGAUAGUGGAAUUCUGCAAGAAAGAAGGUCUUGUCCUCCUUGCAGAUGAGGUAUACCAAGAAAAUGUUUAUGUUGCAGACAAGAAGUUUCACUCGUUCAAGAAGAUUUCCAGGUCAAUGGGAUAUGGAGAAGCAGAUAUCUCUCUAGUAUCUUUUCAAUCUAUCUCUAAAGGAUUUUAUGGAGAAUGUGGAAAAAGAGGAGGUUACAUGGAAGUUACAGGUUUCAGUGCCGAUGUGAGGGAACAAAUUUACAAAGUGGCAUCCGUAAACCUUUGUUCAAACAUCUCAGGCCAGAUUCUUGCAAGCCUUGUUAUGAACCCACCUAAGGUUGGAGACAAAUCGUUUGAAUCUUUUUCUUCUGAGAAAAAUGGAAUUCUCUUGUCCCUAGCAAGGCGUGCAAAGAUAUUAGAAGAUGCUUUUAACAAUUUAGAAGGUGUCACAUGCAACAAAGCAGAGGGAGCAAUGUAUCUAUUUCCCCGUAUCCGUUUGCCUCGGAAAGCAAUUGAAGCUGCAGAGGCUGCAAAAACAGCUCCAGAUGCAUUCUAUGCUCACCACCUCCUUGAUGCUACUGGGAUUGUUGUUGUUCCCGGAACAGGCUUUGGACAGGUUCCGGGUACCUGGCAUUUCAGGUGCACAAUACUGCCACAGGAAGAUAAGAUUCCAGCUGUUGUCUCCCGCCUGACGGCCUUCCACCAAGCGUUUAUGGCAGAAUUCCGUGACUAAAAAACUGGUUUUCAUAAUGCACGUUUGCCCUCCCCUCCAAAUAAAAGUUUUGCACCCAUCCAUAUUUUCAACCAAAUGGAUGGUUUUUGUUUUGAAGAAUAACGUGUAAUUAUUGUUGCACCAUUACCUUGUUUUUAAUAUAAUAUUUAGGUUAGUUUAGUUUAGAUGUUUGCAAAUGAAAACUUUGUAGCCAAGGGUUGUUAUUCAUCUUAGAUAGAUAUCUUGUUAGCUGAUUCAAUUCCAUGGUCAAGCUAAAGUUGUUAUUUGACUUAUUGCGAGGAUUAUUCGAUGGCCUUGAACCAUGAAAAUUUUCAAAUAUCCAUUGAAACAUUCACAUGUUAAACGUCGUUAA